AUGAACUCCAUUCGCCAGGUGCAACAGCUCAAUAAGCGCGAGCUUGAACAUGCGAUACCUCCAGAGGCAUCAUGGCAUGCAGACUACCGCGAUACAGCCUACAUCUAUAUUGGUGGACUUCCAUUUGACCUCUCAGAGGGCGAUAUUGUCACAAUUUUCUCUCAGUAUGGAGAGCCAACCCACGUCCAUUUGAUGCGCGACAAGGAAACGGGCAAGAGCAAGGGCUUCGCGUUCCUUAAAUAUGAGGACCAACGGAGCACCGACCUUGCAGUAGAUAAUCUUGGAGGAGCAACUGUUCUGGGGCGCAUGCUACGAGUCGAUCAUACCCGGUACAAGCGACGCGACGACGAGGAGGAGGGAGAUAAUGUCGCGAAGCUGAUGGGAGAUGCUGCCAUCAACGAUGACAAGGGCGCAAAGAGUAGUGACCGCCACAGUCGACGGAGAGGGUCGAUUGAUGAAGAUCGCGAGGAAAAGCGACCAUUAUUGAAGGAAGAGAAGGAACUACAAGCUCUGAUUCAGGACCAUGAUGACGAAGACCCAAUGAAGGAAUUCCUGGUUGAAGAAAAGAAGGAAGAAGUUGCUCUUGCCAUCGAGAGAUAUAAGAGCAGCGAGAAAAAGUCAUCUCGCCGACGGGACGACAGCAGAGAAAGACCUAGCAGGCACAGUCGUCGCCAUCGAUCCCGUGAACGUGAGCGCAGACCUCGGGACGAUCGCUCGCCUGCCCGGGAAAAGACUUCGCGACGUCGGUCAACAGACAGAGAAGGAAAAUCAGGGAGAGACCGUACACCGGUCAUGACUCGUUCACGUUCCCCGGAUGCUCGGAAGCAUCGAAGUGACCGAGAUCGCGAGCAUCGCUCUCCAGUCGAUGAAAAGAGGUCACGUCGCCGAUCCCGGGACAGGGAGGAAAGAUCCCGGAGAGAUCGGACACCAGAGCGCUCACGGUCCCCCGAGUCACGAAGGCAUCGCAGUGAACGAAGCGAUCGAGACCGUGACAGUCGCCGCCGCUGA